ACUGCUUUCUAGCCGCCCAACAUAAUCAUGCGAACUAAUGUGAUUCUUAUAUUUAUUCACAUUCAUGUGAUGUUCUUUUUAUUUCUUUAUAACGAAUAUAUAAAACUAUUGAAAAAGCACAUGACAAGGUGGAUUCUUAAACUCCUUAGCAAGACAUUCCAAGCUUACUCAGCACUUCACACCACCAAAUUAUAAUACCUUAAUUAAGAUCUGCCCAAAACUCAAAUGAAACAAAAAAACAUAAUUCUAAAUAAUGUCUCCACUUCACUCCUACUCUAUCUUACUCGCCAUUUUCAUGAGCAUCAUUCUUCAACCAUCAAUAAUAUCAUCCCAAUCACAUCUCUGUAGAUCUUCUUGCGGCGACAUUCCAAUAAACUAUCCCUUUGGCAUCGACGAUGGUUGUGGCAGCCCUUACUACAGACACAUGCUCAUUUGCUCCGACAACAACACCAAGCUUGAACUUAGAACACCAUCCGGUAAAUACCCUGUUAAGUCCAUAAGCUACUCCGAUCCUCACCUUCUUGUAUCUGAUCCCUUCAUGUGGAACUGUCAAGAUCGAGAUAACUUUCGACCCACGAGAUCUUUCAGCAUAGAUUCAAGCACACACUUCACUGUCUCCCCUCAAAACGACUACUUGUUCUUCAACUGCGAUUCAGAGAAAGUGAUCGUCGAGCCAAAACCGCUCUUCUGCGAGAGGUUUCCGGAUAGGUGCGACUCGUCAUGCGAUAGCUCGAGCUACCUGUGCAGACAUUUGCCCGAGUGUGGAUCAGCUUUAGGUUCUAGGGUUUCUUGUUGCUCUUACUACCCGAAAGCAACUCAGUCUCUUAGGCUGAUGCUACAGAACUGCGCGACAUAUACAAGUGUGUAUUGGAGGAGUACGGGGGCUGGGAAUGCACCGUAUGAUCAGUUUCCAGAGUACGGGAUUAGGGUUGAUUUUGAGUUCCCGGUGACUACGAAGUGCCUUCUUUGCCAAGAUACCACUAAAGGUGGUGGGGUUUGUGGAUUUGAUAGGAGGACGCAGAAUUUUUUGUGUCUUUGCAAACAAGGAAAUGUCACUACCCAUUGUAAUGAUCCUGUCCUCGUAAAGCAUAAACACAUUGGAGCAGUCGCGGGAACGGUGACGGCGGUUUCAGCGGCCGGAGCGAUUGGCGUUGGAGGUGGAGUAUUUUGGUACUUGAGAAAAGUGAGAGCCAAAGCUCCGGUCACUUGUGGAGUUCAAAGCAACGAGAACAGAAUUUUCUAAAAGCAUGAAAACAUGUUUUUAAAAAGAAUAGGCAAAAGCACGAGCACACUUUUCUUUUCUUCUGUUUCGUUUCCUUUUGUCUUUUCCUUUUCAUCUUUUGAUUAUGUGUAUACUACAAGUUUGGGAUAAAGGAAUUUUGUAUUUUUGACGCGUUUUAACAUGAUUAUAUAUGUAAGUUUUUCAAA